UUUUAUUUUGGCGCGGUGAUGUGACGUCAUGAGGAUGCGCCGCGCUCCUGCAUCUGUUUGUGAUUCGACUCAAGAAAGAACUGAGUGUCCAAAAAACUCCUGCUGAAGCGACUGAGAGCCACGUGACACUCUUAUAAAGAUGGCGUUUGUUAAAGAGCAGAGUGAAGACUUCAGGAUUGAAGAAGUAUUCAGUCUGAAGCAAGAUACUGAGGAACAAACAGACGUAGCGUUGAAAAAAGAGAAAGAAGUACUCAAUGACAUUGAAGAGAAAGAUCAAUACGAGAAUCUGCAUGAUUUCACAGCUGGAAAAAAAUAUUUUAGGUGUUCACAGACUGAAAAGAUUUCCACACGAAAAAAAGCUCAAAAGACUAAACAAACUAGAAGUGAUUUCACUUGCCUUCGGUCUGGAAAGAGUUAUAAUCAACAAGGAAGCCUUAAAGUCCACAUUGGGGAGACCCCUUUCAGUUGCCAACACUGUGGAAAAAGUUUCCCUUAUAAAGUAAGUCUUGACAGGCAUAUAAAAAUUCACACUGGAGAAAAGCCAUACACCUGCCAACAAUGUGGAAAAAGUUUCCGUCAUCAAGGAAACCUUAGCCACCACAUGAGAAUUCACACUGGAGAAAAGCCUUACACCUGCAAACAGUGUGGAAAAAGUUUCAGUCAACAAGGAAGCCUUAGCCACCACAUGAGAAUUCACACUGGAGAGAAGCCUUACACCUGCCAACAGUGUGGAAAAAGUUUUGCUCAACAUUGGAACCUUGAAGAUCACAUGAGAAUACACACUGGAGAGAGUCCCUUCACUUGCCAACAUUGUGGAAAAAGUUUCUGUCAUCAAGGAAGCCUUAGCCACCACAUGAUAAUUCACACUGGAGAGAAGCCUUACACCUGCCAACACUGUGGAAAAAGUUUUGCUCAACAUGGAAACCUUAAAAUCCACAUGAGAAUUCACACUGGAGAGAGUCCCUACACUUGCCAACUGUGUGGAAAAAGUUUCAGUCAUCAAGGAAGCCUUAGCCACCACAUGAGAAAUCACACUGGAGAGAAGCCUUACACCUGCAAACAGUGUGGAAAGAGUUUCACUCAUAAAGGAAGCUUUGACAGGCACAUACGAAUUCACACUGGAGAGAAGCCUUUCACCUGCCAACAGUGUGGAAAAAGUUUUGCUCAACAUUGGAACCUUAAAGUCCACAUGAGAAUACACAAUGGAGAGAGUGCCUUCACUUGCCAACACUGUGGAAAAAGUUUCAGUCAUCAAGGAAGCCUUAGCCACCAUAUGAGAAUUCACACUGGAGAGAAGCCUUACACCUGCCAACAGUGUGGACAAAGUUUCACUCAUAAAGGAAGCCUUAACUGUCACAUGACUGUUCACACUGGAGAGAAGCUUUACACAUGCCCUCGGUGUGGAAAGAGUUUCCAUCAGCAUGGAAACCUUAACACCCACAUCAGAAUUCACACUGGAGAGAAGCCUUACACCUGCCAACAGUGUGGAAAAAGUUUCACUCAUAAAGGAAGCCUUAACUGGCACAUGAGAAUUCACACUGAAGAAAAGCCUUGCAACUGCCAACACUGUGGAAAAAGUUUCACUUUUAAAGUAAGUCUUGACAGGCAUAUAAAAAUUCACACUGGAGAAAAGCCUUAGACCUGCCAGCAGUGUGGUGAGUUUUGCUCAAUGUGUAAACCUUGAUGUCCACAUGAGAAUACACAAUGGAGAGAGUCCCUUCACCUGCCAACACUGUGUAAAAAGUUUCAGUCAUAAAGGAAGCUUUAACGUCCACAUGAGAAUACACAAUGGAGAGAGUCCCUUCACCUGCCAACACUGUGGAAAAAGUUUCAGUCAUAAAGGAAGCUUUAACGUCCACAUGAGAAUUCACACUGGAGAAAAGCCUUACACCUGCCAACGCUGUGGAAAAAGUUUUACUUGACGUGGAAACCUUAAAGUCCACAUGAGAAUGCACAACUGGAGAGAGUCCCUUAACUUGCCAACAGUGUGGAAAAAGUUUCAGUCAUAAAGGAAGCCUUAACUUGCACAUGAAUGUUCACACCAGAGAAAAGUCUUACUCAUGCCAACAAAGUGUAGAUCUAGUUUCACUCAAAAAAGAAACUUAAACAGGCACACAUGAAUUCACACAGAAUAGAAGCCUUACACUUGCCAACAGCAUUUAGAGAGUUUUACUCAACAUGGAAACCUUAGAGUCCACAUGAGAAUUCACACCGCAAUAAAACUCUUACACCUGCCCCCUGCAAAGCGAGUAGAAUUGUCAAAGAUGGAUCAAUACCAACUGUUUGUCCAACUUCGUAUUCAGAACAUGUAAGUACAGCACGUUAUAUUUUGUGAAUGUGCUUGUUAGCACGCUGUAUGGUUAAUGUGGCUUAAGUUACCACUGUCUCUGACUGUAUUCAUGAAGAUCAGAGCUAUGUCGUUAGUUUUAGUUUUAAGAAGUAAUACAAUUGUGCUUCUGAAUUUUACAGGCAGUGAGCAUUUUGGGGUUAAAAAUCACAAGCUCCGUCUCUUGUGAAUACAGUAAGAGACAAUGGCAACUUUAGAUGUCAUUGCGAUGAGAGGUAUGUUUUUAUCAGCUUCUCGAAAAAGUGUUCAAAUAUGGUUAAUUGCUUACUGUUUAUGGAUUUUCUGCACAAAAUGUGUUUUGUUUGUUAACUUUUCUUUAUUAAGAGAUUAGUACUCCAAGUAUAAACAUUGUAAGAGUAUGUUUAAUCGAAACAUGAAUUCGUGUAAUGGCCGCUACUACACGUGCUGGAUGCUGAUGAGUUUCGUUAUAUGACGAUGCAUACUUAGAUAAAACUUUUACCUCUGUUUUACCGGUGUUAUGAGUUACACGUUUAUGAUUGUGUGAAGUUGUAUAUUUUUACCUUUAAUGAUCCAUGAGAGGUUUGAAUGUAUUUCCUGUUAUAUGAAUGUACAUUGUAACAGUAUGCAAUGAUUGACAGGCACGGAUGGUGUCUGUUAUACUUUGAUACAGGUAUGUAAAUGGAUCAUUAUAGUAUUUGUUUUCUUUUCCUGUAUUUUCUUUUCUCAUUAUUAUUGUAUUUGUUUCUAUAAUCGUUAUUGUAUGCUAUAACGCUCUCUUGCGCGGGAUGUCAUUGCGAUGAGAGGCACGGCUAAACCAGAUAUUCUCCUGUUACUAUCUGAUGGUGUCUGUUAUACUUUAAUACAGAAACUGAGAAGCCGAAAUAAACCACAUGACAACCACAUCAUGGUGUAAGGUCUCUUUUAUCGACACACAACGCAGAAGAUAACCCACUACAAUUGCAAAGCAGUCCAGUGUGCAAUGGUUCACACAAACAUACAAAUUUAGCUAAUUUCUUGGCACACAAUUGAAAAGAAUCCACUGCAUCCUUAGUGGCUCAGAUUCUGGGAGUUUUUGCAAUUAUUGCAGCCAAAAACAAGAGUUACAAUGUUUAAAUAGCUGAGACAUUUUAUGACUAGCUGCUCUAGCGAGGGUAUAAAGAUGGUGGACUGUGUGCGGCUCACUCAGGGUGGGAUCUGUGCUAAUAGGGCAGAGAUUGUCACCAGUGGGCGGGGAUUUUCCAUACUAUGGCGUCAUCGUAGGGAGAAAACUGGAACAGCCUGUUCUCAGACAAUGCUUCUGAUUUAUGGGGAUUAUAAAAAAGGAGUAGGUGGAUUUUUACGAUUAUAGGGUGGUUCUUUACACACACUGUGGACACAUUAAUGUUUAAACACCACGUAAAAGAAUAAUAGGUCCUCUUUAAUUAAUUUGUGUAUUUCGGUUAAUAACGGUUCUGGUUCUCACCUUAUUGAUGAGCAGGAAUUGUAUUUUGUGAGUAAAGCUGCAAAUAACGUCAGCUGCCUUCAUAAUAAUCCUCUGACACGUGCAAGUGAAAAUCACGGUGCAGCAUAAAUGAUAAAUCUGUUAGGCAGUAACCAAUGAAAAAAUUUUAUACUUGAGCACAAUUUAUUAGUAUGUACUUUGGUAUAACUAAAUGUAUUUGUGGCACGCUAUAAAUUGGUAUACCUAAAGUCUGUUAAAUUGGAACAACUAAUGUCCUAAAUGCAUUUUAGUUGUCUAAAAGCAGUGCUGAAGUUCAA